AUGGAUCAUUAUUGGACACCACCUCCCACAAGGAAGGUCACCAGCGAACCAGAACCACAACUAGCCAUAAAGGAUGGGAAGUUGCACCCCAGUGACACAGAGGUAGAUUCUGAGGAUGAUAUCCCUACCCGUGCCAAGUCCAAAGCUAUCAAGGGAGCUGCUGUAGUGAAACACGCCCGCUCUUUGGAGCGGAAAUCCAUGUCGGACCAAGGGGCUGCGUCAGUGCCUUCCAUGCCCGCUGCCGCGGGCCAGCCUUCGAAGGUGGACCUCGCAACGCCUUGCAAGGAGGACAUCAUGAAGAAGCGGGAGCUGAUUCUGGCGAAGCUGGAAAGUAUGAGGCAUGAGAUGAGCAAUCGUGCUUUGGCAUCUUUGGCUCGUGCAAAGAGCUCGGCUUGCAUUGGUGACGGUCCUUGUGGGGACAAUAUGCAGACAUUGCCCUUUGAUGUGCUUGAUGCUCCUGAUCCCCUUCCUGACUUCAUCAACCUAGUUGACGACCAAGAGGAGGGUGAUCCGUGCAGCCAGCUUCCUCGGGCAAGUCGCUUCCCCCUCAGCAUGGUGGAUGUGAUCAGCAGCCGGAGCAAGCUCCUUCUGGCCAGCCGCUUCCUCCCCAACAUCAUGGUGGAUGUGCUCAACCUGAGAUUCCCCGUCAACAUGGUGGAUGUCCGCUUCCCCCUCAACAUGGUGGAAGUGAUGGGCAGCCUGGGCAGGCUCCUUCUGGCAAGUCGCUUCCUGAGCAGCCGGAGCAAGCUCCUGUGGGCAAGCCACCCCAACAUGGUGGAUGUGCCCCUCAGCAUGGUGGAUGUGAUGGGCAGAGGGAGGGAGCUCGUGUGGGCAAGCCGCUUCCUCAACAUCAAGCUCCCUCUGGCAAGUCGCUUGACCUUCAACAUGGUGGAUGCGCUCAGCCUGAGAUUCCCCGUCAACAUGGUGGAUGUGCUCAGCCGCCGGAGCAAGCUCCUUCUGGCAAGCCGCUUCCCCCUCAACAUGGUGGAUGGGGUGGGCAGCCUGGGCAGGAUCCUUCUGGCACAUCGCUUCCAGGUGGAUGUCCUGAGCAGCCGAAGCAAGCUUCUUCAGGAGUUCGUGCAGCUCCUUCUGGGCACUCCUUUUUCUAAGAGCAAUGGCGAAGUGGUGACCUAUGACGUGCAGAAGUUGGAAGAUGCUCAGGUGCCCUUGAUUACCCGUCGCCAGCAGCUUGGAACCGAGUCACCUCCACAUGAACCGUCGCAGCCUGCGGAUGAUGAUGGCAAGAAGCCCCUGGAAGCGGGAGCCCCUGCUGAGUCUGAUUUGCCUUCCUAUGGGAAGAAGGCCCCCCGAGCCAAGGCAAAGGCGAAAGCCAAGGCGAAAGCCAAGGCGAAAGCCAAGACAGAGGCAAACCGACCCAAAGCAGCGGCCAGAAAGUCCAGGGCCAAGAAGAAGCUUGCUCCACCUGCGCCUGCAGACGCAGACACUCCUCAUGAGGCGUGCUGUGAGGCUGAUGCUGCUGAUGCCUCACAGGAUGCUUCCCUUGGCCAUGCACAUGGUCCUUGUCACGGUGAUCUUUCUGGUGAAGUUCACCCGGCGCAUGGCGACCGUCCUGGUGAAGCCGACCCUGAUGGUGGAAUGGCAGCGGCAGCAAGUUCUCUUGGCCCUGAACCUUGUCGCGUGAAAGCUGCAGCUACUGAGCCUGAAGUGGCCGAUCCCAAGGAUCCGCCAUCCAGGAAGCGUCCCAAGCAGAACGCAGGCACCAACAAGCGUGCCAAGACGAGUGCUAAGCAGGUGGGUGACACAAAGGCAAAGGAGACAGAGGCAACGGGUGACACGAAUGAGGAUCCGGGUGAAGGUGGGGCCGCAGGUGCCGCUCCGGGCGCCAAGAAUCUCAAGACUUGGGCUGGCCGCUAUGUCCCAACUGACCCGUUGGGAGCCAACCGGUUCUUCGCCAUGCGUGAUGUCUACAUGCAGUUUGUUGCUCCCCAGCUUAAGUCUCAGUCUCGCUACCAGGAUGCCUUCUACAAGCUUAGCACCGAGGAGUUCAAGAAGAACCAUUCGACCACCAUGGAGUACACCACCUUGUUCCAUGUCGCACAUGAACAGUGUGACCGUUUCAUGCAGCUUGAGGAAAUCCGUGGCUGUGAGGGCUCCUUUGAAGAAGGCUCGCAGGGGCUGUCUGGUCUACCUGUUGACUUUGUAGUCUUGGUACUCCUGAUGUGCUUCUUCAGUUUCCCUGAGUGGAGACAAGAUCAACAGCUGGAUGUAGUAGAGCUGUAUGCUGGAAAAGCUCGCAUUUCGCUUGCCCUGGCCAUGGUACUGGCGGGCUGUGUGGAAGGCUUCCUGCUACUUGCAGCAUUGGUGUGCAGUUCGUUCUCAGCGGUGAACUUGGGAACCUCAAAACGCAGUGUUCUCACCCCGGAAGGUGAUGAGCGGGUGUUGGGGGUGAGGACAUACACUGCUGCUUUUGCGAGGGCAAUCGUGGAACUCCUCCCGGGGAUGAAGGCUUCUCCUCCUCAGAUGGAACCUUUGGAACUCGUUGUUGGCCGCAUGGAACCCACUUCCUGGGAUGAUGCCGGGUUGGAUGAGGUGCUCCGCAGCCAGCUUGAGAACCUCGAUCGCACGCUCAAACAUGGCUAUCCGCCUUUUGAGCAUUUUCCGGACAGGAACCCUGAGGAUGUGAUGUCGCCAGCCGCUUCUACUUUAGCGGAUGCAGACAGCUUGGGCUCAGAAGAGAAGUCUCCUCCUCCUUGUCCUGCCUAUGCGGCACCAGUGGGUGUCGGCGGUUCAGUCCCCAAUGAAACUCGAUAUGUGACGCGAUUGAACUUGACGCCAGGUUCGGGGGAUUCAGAGUCGGGUGGCCGGGAGGAUGUGCCGGAUCCUAUUCCGGGCCAGUUACGUAUCUCCCAACAAGCCCUGGACGCCCGCAUGAGACGUAUGAUGAAACCCACGGCCUAUGGAACCUCCAAAGUCCCAGAUGAGCUCAUCGGUAUGUGGAAAAAGAAGGGGAAGGAGAGAAAGUCCCUAGAGAAGCUCUUUCAGUCGGUUGGGUUUGACAAGGAUAGCUUCGUCCAGGAGUUUGAAAUUCUGAAAUCAGAUUUCGUCAGUAACGAGAUUGAUGUUGAAGGGGAGUUCGCUUCACGGCAGAAGAUGGAAGAAGAAUGGGGGUGGCCUGAGCAUCGAAUAUCGGCGGUGAUCAAGGAAGCUUUGGCUGAUCCGAAACACCUCAUCCGCAAAGACAGGCAGGGCAGCGCUGUCGCUGUCAACCGGAGGGUUCAGUGGGACCAAGUGGGUGGAGAUCCUACUGACCUCGUCAUGCCUAGGGAUCUCCCUGCCAAGCUUCCUUCUGUUGGAAAACCAGCUUUGGAGGAUUCCCACGUUACCCAGCCCCGACAGAAUCCCAAAAGGAAAGCCCCAGCAUCGCCGGAUGCAGGAGAAGGCAGUGACGACUCUGACGUCGAGUGCCUGGAAGAAGCCCAGGCUGAAGCAGAGGUUAAGCAUGCCAAUGAUAUCGCUCAGUCAAUUGGUCUCCCAUACUUGGACCCAGAUGCCUUGCCCAGCUCUCUUGCAGAAAAGAUGUUGAAUGGUUUGGAGAAACGCUCCACCAAGCUUGAUGCCGUCAAGAAGCGCUUUGAAGAUGCAGCAGAUUCUCUGACCAGUUUGCAGAAGCAGUUGUUGGACAAAAUCAACUCAGUGUACCUAACGUUGGUGGAUGCUACUGUGAAGAUCAACGAGCAGUAUAUCACGGGGAUUGUCCACGGGUAUACCAAAGAGUGUGAAAGCAAUCUGAAGGUGCUGUACGCUGAUGCCACGGCAAAUUUAGGGGCUUACUAUGUGUGCCCAGACUUUGGCACCUGCUAUGGCAACGGAAGCGAUGAAUUUGCAAUCCCGCUGCAGGCCGCAGAUGCCAAAGGCAACUGCGACGAGCAGGCACUCCAAGCGUCCAAAGGCCAAGAGUAA